CUUAUGGAAUGUGAUAUUCAAAAAGAAUUAUAAUUAUUUGUCUACAUAUAUUGCGGUCAGUGUUGGUUUUUACUGCCAACUCAGUUGGGGGUGUUGCCUUUUUGAAACAUGGCUGAUCAUUGGUCAUGCGGUUUACUGUCAGAUAACUGUCAAACUAGCACUGUAACCUAUAACUCCUACAAUUUUUUGAAUUUAUUUUAUAAAGAUUCAAAUUAUGUCAUCAGCCCAUUUAUCAAGUGGUAGAUUAAAUAUAGGCUUAGUGCAAGAACAAGCGAGAAAACAAUUACUGUGUUUGCUUGAGAAAUGUGAUGGAACAAAGGCUAUCAUAUGGGAUCAAUCUUUGGCUGGUCCAAUCGGUCUUGUUGCCAAAUACAGUUUACUUCAGGAACAUGACGUUGUUAAGAUGUAUCCUCUGUAUGGUGGACAAUUACCACCAACAAAUGUGGCAAAUGUUAUAUUUAUCACAAGACCACAUUUAGAUCUUAUGGAUUUGAUAGCUGAAAAUAUACAUGGGGAGGAGGGUAGUAGAAUACACAAGGAAUUUCAUUUAUUCUUUGUACCCCGGAAAAGUUUAUUGUGUGAGAAAAAAUUGCAGAACCGUGGUGUCUUUGGCAACUUCACAUUGAUUGAAGAAUUUUCCUGCGAUCUAUUUCCAUUUGACAGUGAUCUUGUUUCAAUGGAAUUAAGUGGAGCGUUUAAAGAAUUCUUUUUGGAAAAUGAUCCUACGUGUCUUUAUCAAGUUGCACAAGCUAUCCAAAGCUUACAGAGAUUUUAUGGAAAAAUACCAAAGGUCACUGGAAGAGGUCCUGCUGCAAGCAAAGUCUGGGAUUUAUUGAAACGACUGGAUCGGGAAGAAGAAGAUAUUAAGACAAAAAACUCAAAACCAGCCCUUAUUGAGCAUUUGUUGUUACUGGACAGAUCAGUAGAUCUACUGUCACCUUUAGUCACACAAUUAACGUACGAGGGCCUAAUCGAUGAAAUAUUCGGCAUCAAUAAUUCCACUGUAAAACUACCUGCUGAGAAGUUUCUCGACUCUGAUGAUUCACUGACUGAAACUACACUGAAUAAAAAGGAACAAAUUAUUUUAAAUUCAGGAGAAGAAAUCUUUGCUGAAAUCAGGGAUAAGAAUUUCAAUGGUGUUGGACCAGUUCUUAGUCGAAAAGCCAAAGUGAUAUCAUCUCAAUUCGAUGAAAGACACGGUGAUAAGAGUGUUCAAGAAAUCAAACAAUUUGUAGCCAAAUUACCUCACAUGAUGGCUACGAAAAAAUCCUUAGCCAGACACACAACCAUAGCUGAAAUGGUAAAAGAAGUAACAGAUACCAGCAAUUUCCUGGAAGCACUGCAAGUUGAACAAGAGUUAUUAAAUUGCAUUGACACAGACAAACCCAAUCCAUAUAUUGAAGAUCUAAUAGCGCAACAAAAACCGCUCGUAAAGGUUUUGCGAUUGCUUUGUAUGCAAUCUCUUACAAGCAGUGGUUUGAAAUCAAAAUUGGUCGAUUAUUACAAAAGGGAAAUUAUACAAACAUAUGGUUAUCAACAUUUGCCAACACUAUUGAAUUUAGAAAAAGUUGGAUUAUUCCGUGCUCAACAAUCCGUUAUACAUUACCCUGUGCUGAGGAAAGCCUUGAGACUCACUGUCGAGGAUGAAAGUGAAAUAACGCCAAAAGAUAUUAGCUACGUCCAUUCUAUUUAUGCUCCGUUAAGUGUUCGUUUAGCCGAGCAACUUGUUCGCCCUGGUGGUUGGCAAGGACUUCAAGAUGUUCUUGGAUGUUUACCUGGCCCUGCCGUGAAUAGCGUUUCCCAUAGUACAACUACGACUACUACAAGAAGAAAUUCGAUAAGUAGCGAGAUUUCGAAUUCAGAACCAUCCAAAUUAGUUUUGGUCUUUUUUAUUGGAGGAUGUACAUAUGCCGAAAUUUCGGCUCUUCGAUUUCUCUCUCAGCAAGAAGAAUUAAACGUUGAGUUCGUGGUGGGAACAACAAAAUUAAUUAAUGGAAAUACAUUUCUCACUUCUUUAAUGGAAGAUUUAGAGAGCAAUCAGUAAAUGUGAUGUAAAACUUUGUAUCAUUUUUAUGUUCACGAUAUCAAUACCAAUAUCUAUUACGAUGCUGACAAUAUAGUUUAGUGAGCGUAAUGUUGUAAAAAGAAAAAUAACAUUUCUGUACUAAAUGUGGAA